GCCGUUUUUGGCGUUGCUCUCAGAGUAGGAGAUGAGAAGAGAAGCAAGAAAGGGAGGCUCAAACAGACAAGCACAAAGACCUGCACUGGAAACGGACUGACGCAGUAAACAAAUCUGCCUUUUAACCAUCUGACAUGAUGUUGAUCUUCCUGCUUUUUUGGCUAAGCUUGUCAACAACAAGCGCAGCUCCUAACCUACGGAAAACACCCACAGAGGCACCUAUUCUAGUCACCGCACCACCAACUGAAACUAGAUCCCGCUUUGCCAUGUUAGAUGAUGUACGACUCCUGGCUAACGGUCUGCUCCAGCUCGGCCAGAGCCUCCGAGAGUUUGUGCACAAGACCAAGUCUCAGAUCAAUGACAUCUUCCAGAAGCUGAACAUCUUUGAUCGCUCCUUCUAUCAGCUCUCGGUGGUCACCAGUGAAAUCAAAGAGGAAGAGGAGAAGUUGAAGGAAACAACUAUAUUUUUGAAGGCUAACAAUGAGGAGAUCAAAAAUAUGUCUUUAGAGAUCAACUCCAAAAUCAACAAUAUUCUCCAAGAGCGAAGCCAGUUGCACAGUAAGGUUGGUGGGCUGGAGGAAAAGCUGAAGGGUUUGUCUCAGAGCAUAAUGCCUCUGGAGCAACUUCAAGAGAUCAGUGCUUUGAAGGAUGUGAUUGAAACACAAGAAAGGACCAUUACAGAUUUGCUUAAAUCUGUUAAAGAGCAACACGAACAACUCGAUUACCAGAAGAUCAAAAUUAAGAGUCUUGAGGAUAAGCUGAACUAUGACUCUAUUCAAGACACAGUUGAAAAACCUUUGGAUUUAAAUCCAGAAACGCCUGACCCUUUCCGAUACUUAACAAUGAACUCCACUAACGGAACUGCUCAAAUAAAUGACUUUCCAAUGGACUGCAGUGAUGUGUUCAAAAGAGGCCAGAGGACCAGUGGAAUUUACCCAAUCAAACCCAAUCAAUCUGAGCCUUUCUAUGUUUACUGUGAGAUAAGUGCUGAUGGUGCAGCCACAGUCAUUCAGAGGAGGGAGGAUGGUUCUGUUGAUUUUGAUCAGUCGUGGGAAAAAUAUGUUUAUGGAUUUGGCAAACCGGAAAAAGAGUUCUGGCUUGGCUUGGCGAAGAUUUAUUCCAUUGCUCAACAAGGACAAUACAUUUUACACAUUGAACUGGAAGACCUGAAGGAGGAAAAGAGAUUCAUAGAGUACACAUUCACUCUGGAAGGUCCUGCAUCUGAUUACACUCUUCACGUGGCACCUCUGUCUGGAGAUUUGCCUGAUGCCAUGAGCAACCACACGGGCAUGAAGUUCUCAACCAAGGAUAGAGACAAUGACAAUCACGACGAGUCAAACUGCGCCCGCAACUACACAGGUGGCUGGUGGUUUGACGCAUGUGGGGACACCAACUUAAAUGGGAGAUACGCCUUGAUGAGGUCAAGGGCUCGGCACCAACGCAGGAAAGGAAUCUACUGGAGGCCGGCCAAAGGAAGCUCCUACACACUUAAAUCCACAAAGAUCACCAUCAGACCAUCAACCCAGGUUCAAUAAUCCCUGACCCUAUCUCUCCAUUGAGUAAUUCAGAAUCAAUCAGACAGGUCACGCUGGCAACAGACACUGGCCGACAAAGCUUUUCACUUUCUCUACAGACAGCAGAAACUGAAUGAUGCAACUGUAACAGGUCAUUGACUCUGGUAGAGGUUAAAAACAAAGUCAAAGGGGUAUUGCAACAUGCAUGUGUUAGUUUGAAAUCUUCAUAGGUCAUCAACUUGCAGCUUGCUGAUCAAGAAAAGUUAAAAAAUGCUAAUACUGAACAGGUUCAAACGCCUUCGUUACAUGGCGGAUCACACCUCUGGAAGAGGACAUGGUGCAUGUUAUUAUCAAGAGUCAACAGGAAUGAACAAUAAGUUUGUAGACUAUAUUGAUAUUGUUAUUGCAUUGUAUUCAGCUAUAGAGCUUCUCAACAUCUUUUCACAUACUGUGUUAACUUCACUGUUAAGUUUUUAAGUAUUUAAUCAAUGUAUACAAAUGUGCAACAGUAGAAAAGCAAUGGGUAACACUUUGUAAUAACCUUCAUUAAAUUAAGACUACAAUGCUUAACAAAUUAUUAUAUUAUAUUAUAUACACAUAUUUGUAAUUUUGACAUUGAAAAUUAUUACAAAGUGUUAAAUAGUAUUACCAAAUGUGCUGUUAUGGUUGAAGUUGGAUGUUUUGCUUGUCUGUUUCUGUUAUUGAGUCAUAUUGACUCUUGGUUAUGCUUUGUACAUACUCAGCUGUACUGUAUAUAUUUAGUUUACACAAUGUUUCUCAAUGGUAGUCAGAUGCAUCAUAUUUAUAGCAACACAUUUAGAUAAGGCAAAAAUAAAAACCAAUCUUUCUGUAAAUUAGCCACUCACUAUGGAAGCCCGUUUCCGCCACUGAAUAACAAUAAAAAAGGUAACUGACUUUAAACACGUAAAAGUGAGUUAUAAAGUCAGAACUGUGAAAAACUGUAUAAAGUUGUAAGAAAAAAAGCCAGUCUUUUCCCCUCUCAAAAUUGGACUUUAUAACUUGCAGUUGCAAGUUUAUAUCUCACAAUUCUGAGAAAAAUCAGAAUUCUAACUUUAAA